AGGUAUCCCAUCCCCACCCUCAGCCGCAGACGCACCACUUUCGACUAUCACUCGGCACCUAUCACAUCUCGACUACGCUUGGCAGGUGUAUCCGAACCACCUCGUAUUCACAACGUCUCCACUGCAGCGUACUGGACACCAGUAUCGCGCGCAUUGACAUCGGAGACGCCCUCUGCCAACGAGAAACCCACCACCCAUCUUCGGCCCAGCCGAUACCACAUCCUCUCAUCACAACCAUCCAAUUCCGCGUCAUCCCGUCUCAAGCGAAAGGCGACGACAGUAGCUCCACAACUUCUCCCUGGCGUGAGAGCGAGCGUGUGUGCGGUCCCGUGAAACAGACGAGGAUCUUUUCCCCUCGCCAGUGGCCCGACGCUCUGACUUGCAAUGGCCAAGUCGAAAGCUCCCGUAAGGGCACCUCCGCCAUCCCAGAACAAGCAGCUGGCCCAAGACCAGAGUCAGAACCUCUCUCCGAUGGGUUCAUACGACUCAUCCCCUCCGUUGGACGGCGCAGCAGCAGCUGCUGCCGCCGCCGCAAAGAAGAAGAAGAAGAAGGGCAAGGGCAAGAGAAUCGAGGACGAUUACGAUGCCGUCCUGCCACCUUCGCCGAAUGCUGCCGCCAACCAGAACCACAUGCACCACCAGGGCUACCAAGCCGGCAAUGGACCCGUUCACCUGUCGCAGGGAGCCUACACUGCCACUGCUCAGGCUCAGGCAGACCUUCUCGCUACUGCUAGCGAUCUGUACCGGCGCAUCGAGGCAGAUCCCGGAGGGAUACCAGACGACGACGCCUACUGGACAUCGCUUCCGGCACAUCUUCGCACGUUUAUUCGGAAUGCCCUCCCUCUGGGCCAAUUUCCUACAACAGGCGCAGGCGGCGGUAACAAUGAUCCCAACGCUCGCCACGCCUCGACACAGGCGAUGAUUGCAGUUGCUCAACAACUCGCUCAGGCGGCGCACGCCUCCCAGCGUCACUUGCAGCAAUAUCCACCUGGAUCGCAGCCUUAUCCAUCCCUCCCCUUUGACCCCGCAAUCUUUGCCGACUUGGCGCUCCAUUCCGACGGAUCCCUACCGCAUCCUCACUCUCACCCCAAUGGCCUCGCAGCAGGUCAGUCCCCUUACGGCCAUCUGCACUACUCCACUGGAGGCAACAUGCCGUCCACACAGCCACCGGGAGAGCCCCUCCCUGCAGCACCUGUGGUCCUCGUCAAUGAGUAUGGGGAAGAAGAGGUCGUCGGAGAGUACGAUGACGAGUACUACAGCGACGAGGAUCUAGACGGACCAAAUGGCGUGAUGCAUGACUCGAUCCAUGGUGACCGCGAUGGAAGGUGGCUGGAAGAGCAAGGCAGAGGCACUGGUGGGGAUGGCCAGACUGUGCAGGCUCCCGGCAGUGGCAAGAAGAAUAAAAAGAAGAAGAAGAAGAAGGGCAACGCAGCGACAGAGCAAGCAGCUCUCCCGGCACAGAUGGCGCCUCUGCCUCAAGUUCGAGCUACCCAGCAACAACAGCAGCAGCAGCCUGCAAUGAAUCAUCAUGCAGCACCUCCUGCCAAUGCAACGCCAAGGGGACCACAACCGCCGCCAAGCUCAAGGGCGGCUGGAAAGCAGCCAAUGACAUUCGCCUCGAAUCCUGCACCGAAGACACCAGCUGCGCCCAAUGGUCACUCUCAUCCACCGUCUGGAAAGCGUGGUACGGCCGGGUCAGCGACAGGCUCCCACGGCACAGCUCCAGGAGCCAACAACCAACCGCCAGCACAGCAGCAGCGCAUUUGGUCUACGAGCACAGCUGAGGAGCGUGAGAGAAUCAAGGAAUUCUGGCUUGCCCUCGGAGAGCGUGACCGAAGAAGUCUAGUGCAGGUUGAAAAGGAUGCCGUCUUGCGUAAGAUGAAGGAUCAGCAGAGGCAUACCUGCAGCUGCGCCGUAUGCGGUCGCAAGCGCUCUGCCAUCGAGUCAGAGCUCGAGGUUCUCUACAAUGCCUAUUACGAGGAAUUGCAGCAGUAUGCGAAUCAUCAACAGCAGUAUGUCAAGUCUGGUGGUGCGAUCCCGCCCCCUCCCGGACCAGGACCCUUCCCAGGCAGCAUCGCGCUCGAUAGUACAGGCAAUGUCAUCGGAGGCAAUGCCUUGACAAGGUCAGCUCCUCCUGCUCAGAAGACGCGAGUCACUGCUCCGCCGAAGAAAGCGCCCCCGCCUCCUCCUUUGGAAGACGAUGAUGGCUACGACGAUGAGUUGGAUGACGAUGACUACGAUGACGAGUACGACGAUGAAGACGACGAAGAGGAUGAAGAUAUUGCGCCAGAGCCACCCGCUCGCCGCAAGGGCACUGCCGGUGCUAUCGGUAACGCCAACAGUGACGUCUUCCCUCUAGGCUCUUCCUUGACGGUCAAAGGAGGCAUCCUGACAGUCGCAGAUGAUCUGCUCAAGAACGAUGGUCAAAAGUUCCUGGAGAUGAUGGAGCAGCUGGCCGAUCGUAGGAUGCAACGCGCUGAAGAGGCUGCUGCAGAGCUCGAUGCCAUCAGCGAAGAUGGCGAAGGCGACGAAGAUGAUCUCGAUGAGGAGGAAGAUGAAGACGACCACCUCACCGAUGAACAGCGGAUGGAAGAGGGUCGUCGCAUGUUCCAGAUCUUCGCGGCGCGCCUCUUCGAGCAGAGAGUUCUGUCUGCGUACCGGGAGAAGGUGGCCCAGGAGAGACAGCUUCAGUUGCUGCGAGAGCUGGAGGAGGAGGAUCUUAUCGAGAAAGAGCGAGAAGCCAAGAAGCAGAAGGAGAAUCAGAAGAAGAAGGAUAAGAAAAAGUGGGUUACGAAUUGUGCUGCAUGGAGCACUGGUAUGUCCGCUGACAAAAAUGGUGGGGUUUUGCACCUGUUUGGUUUCUUUUUACAGGCAAGCUCAGCAGAAGAAGG